GCGACCAAACUGAACGCAUGAGCAUAUGACGGCGCCAGUCCUUUGACCCCAUUUUGGACAUCGCAGGACUGUUUUAUACAGCUACUUGCUAAUGUUGAUCAAUUAGCUGUUGUUUUAACUUGUUGACCGGCCAGAGACACUAUCAUUGCUGGCUAGCUUUCCGACUCAUCUGCCCAGAUGGUCUUAUUUCGUUAGCUAGAUCUUGACAUUGUUCAAGUUGUGGUUGCUAAUUAGCUAGCAGCAGGGCCCAUUUUCGAUGCAGAUUGCUUGUUUCAGGACUUGCAUUUUCUCGUUGACACAAUAACCACAUAUACAAUUGAUUAUUCGCCGAGCCURGGUACUGAGUUGAUUGUCCAUAGUGUCCUUCGCACAAAUGGAUGGCGAAGAGGACGAAUUCUUCUCCGGGAACCACUCUGAUGGUGGUGGCACCCCGGUACAGGACGAACAUGCUCCUGGUUCAGAUGCGGAAGAGGAGAUGAGGAAUGAGCCACGCCACUCUGAGGAUGAGAAUAAUGAUGGUGAGG